AGGCUAGGCGCGAGCCGUGGCCGCAGCGGUGGCCUAUGGGCGACGCUGCUGAGUUGCGCUUUCGCUUCCUCUGCAACGCUAUUACUGCCCGUAACCGCUGCGACACUACAGCUGCAGUCGUAACUGGGCAGACAGGGCAUUCCUGUGAGAGCUAGUGUGCAGCAAUCGACGCCUGCGCCCGCAGUGGCCAUGAACAAAGCACUCCUCGUAGCGUACGCGUCCGCCCUGCACGCGCCAUCGAUCAACCGCCAGCGCUGCGCACUGCGCGCCAGCCCGCGCGAAGUCGUCGACGCGUUCACACCACCAAAAGGUGCCGCAGCAACCGCAGUGUUCUGCCCGCGCGACACCUGGGCGGAGGACGUCACACUGCGGAGCGCCUGCGGCGUCUGCGUCAACGGCGCCGACGCAUUGACACGCGUCGCCGAGAACUGGUCGCGCGCCGCCGCGGACGAGCUGCCCGAUUUCCAAGCCGCGGCGAGCGCCGCGGCGAGCGUUGCAGCACGCGAGGUGAUCGUGAAAUACAACGCCUCGUGGACGCCGCCGUCGGCCGCCUGGCUUUUGUCGGUAGCUAGUGCUUGGCCUGGGGUAGAAGCAGCGCCGACGCCCUACGCCGACCGGUACGGUCAAGUCUCGACGUUCUCCUGGAAAGGUGUCGUCAAGCUCUUCCAGGACGCGGCGGCGACGGGGCGCCUCCGCGUGCCGCUAGCCCUGAUCGAGGGCCGCGCGAUUCUCACAUUCGACGACGACGGCGCGCUGACGGCAGUGUCAGAUGAGAUUUAUUUUGCGGAUCUUUGUAGGAGAGGGCAGCUCCGGAACCGACGGUGCGCCCAGGACUUGCGUUUAUUUCUCGAGGUCGAGAGCUGUGUGGAAAUCAACCAGUGAGUUAGGUUAACUUCACGCCAUCGAGCAGACGCAGCUACGGAGAAAAUAUCGCGUCGAUGGUGUGGGGCGCCCAAAUUUUGAUUUCCACACAGGUGUGCCGACGGCCGCCGGGCCGCGACGCCAUCGACUGGGCCGACGCCGUCGACGACGCCCUGCCCUGGCGUAUCAUUCCGGGGUCGGCAGCGCUCGACCUCGACGACAACGAGGACGACAUCGGGCCCGUCCUGGCAUUCGUCGGCCUCGCGGGCCUCGCGACCGUAGUGUUGACGGCCGCGCUGCUCGGCGGCGGCUGUUAACGGUACGGGUCACACAGGGGCUAGUGGAGCGGCACUAGGGCGGCACUAGGAGCAACAACAAGAACGCCGAUUGAACCCCUUCCUGGGCCCGUUUGGCGCUAAAAACACGUGCAAAAUGAUUCUCUCGGCCGUGCGGACACAUUCCACUUAUUUAUAAAUGGGAAGGGUACGGGGG